AUGGGUGGUGGCGAUCAUUGUGCAGUUUUUGGAUGUGACAAUGAUCGUCGCUACCCAGAGAGGCAGAUGAAACUCGAACAUGUUGGAGUCUUACGUUUUCAUUCACCAAAAAACAAAAAAGAAAUGGCUGCCUGGGAACGGAAUAUUAACCGAAGUAACUUUAAAGUAAAAUCAUCCACUAAAGUGUGCUCAAAUCACUUCGUCGCUGGAUACAAAUCUGAUCUUUGCUGGAAACCGACACUCUACAUGAAAGGUUAUCCAGAUGACAACAACAAGAAGACAAKGCAUUCGCCAAAACGCAGAACAACAACAAACAAACUCCAAACUUCAAACCAGGAGGAAUCAGAGGUCGAGGGAGAACCACCAGCAAAAAAGCAAGUAACAAGYGUCGAUUACGACUUGGAUUGUAACGAAGCGACUAUGAMAGAGGAAACUGAAUUUUCAGUCCAACAAGAUGACUCAUACGAACCAUCCUACAUAGAUUGUGAUUGUCAGGGAAGCAGCAUCAACGAACUGAAAAGGAAUCUUUUCAUUGAACAGGCUACAAAUAGUGACAAUUGUUAUAGAUAUACAGGCUUGUCAUUACCAAAGUUAAAUCUUGUUUUUCAUCAUAUCAAAGAUUCGGCCAGUGGGAUGAGAUACUGGAAGGGUUCAAUUGACAGUACGUCCAAAAGGAGAAACAAACGAGGCCUGAAAAGGCUACUGCCAUUGUGGGACGAGUUUGUCCUUACAAUGGUUAGAUUAAGAAAAAMWUUUGACAUACGAUUUCUUGCUGACACAUUUGGAAUUUCUAGUGGUCAGGUGUCAAGAAUUUACAAUACAUGGGUGAUGUUGUUAGCAGAGGAGCUGUCAUUCUUAGUGCCUUUUCCCAGCAGUGACGACAUCAGAAAAUCUAUGCCUAAGCAAUUCAAGAAACACCCCAAUUUAAGAAUAAUCAUUGAUUGUGUCGAGCUCUAUAUACAGAAGCCCAAACUACCCUCAAGCCAAAAAAUAACCUGGAGUAAUYACAAACACAGAAAUACCGUAAAACUACUUGUUGGCAUUACACCAAAUGGUGUAAUAUCAUAUAUCCCCCCUUCUUGGACUGGCAUGGUUUCUGGAAAUAGCAAGAGCCACAGGGUUAAUUGAUCAUUUAGAAGAAGGGGACGGUGUAAUGGCUGAUAGAGGCUUUAUCAUCAGAGACAUUCUCGCUUUCAAGAAAGUAAACCUCAUAUCUCCAGCUUUUUGUCAUGGCAAAAGAUUGUCAGCUAGAGGUACCACCCACACYCGGCGUGUUGCAUCAUUGAGAUCCCAUGUGGAAAGGUAUAUUUUGAAACUAAAACAGUUUAGAAUACUCUCGGGAGUAAUUCCACUUCUUUUGAAGCCAAUGUUGGACAGAAUAAUUUUUGUUUGUGCUGCAUUGGCAAACUUAGACACAAAACCAAUAGAGUAGACAUUGCAAGUACUAAGUGAGUGCAACAUAAAGUAUGUUUUGUUYCACUAAGACUGUUCC